AGCCGCCCUUCGGCGGAGCCUCCAUCCCGUUGUCAGUGGCCGGAGCUCCGCAAUGGGAGCAUCGCUCCUUCCAGGUGAAGCGCAGCGCUGGCCCCUCCCGGGGGGGCUGUUUGUGGCCCCACAACCGACAACUCCCACCGGCUUCAGUCGGUCCCGGGGAACCGGGGGCUCCGACCGCAGCUCCCGGCCCCGCGGGGCGCUCAGGGGGGCGCGGGGCGUUCACACCGACCCUCGCUCCGCGGCGGCGGUUUGUGGGUGUGAGCGGAGCCGCGCUCGGUGUCGGCCCGUCGUUACGAAGCGGUUCCGACGGUCCGUCCCAGUUUCCUCCGGGGAAACGCGCGGCGCCGCGGGAGCCGCUUCGACCGGAGGCUGCAAGAUCAAAGCUCUGCGGGCCAAAACCAACACGUACAUCAAGACGCCAGUGCGGGGCGAGGAGCCGGUCUUCAUGGUGACGGGGCGGCGCGAGGACGUGGCCAUGGCGCGAAGGGAGAUCAUCUCGGCGGCCGAGCACUUCUCCAUGAUCCGCGCAUCGCGCAACAAGGCCGGCACCACGUUCGGCAGCGCGCCCACCUUGCCGGGCCAGGUCACCAUCCGGGUGCGCGUCCCCUACCGCGUGGUGGGGUUGGUGGUGGGCCCGAAAGGAGCCACCAUCAAGAGGAUCCAACAGCAAACCAACACCUACAUCAUCACGCCCAGCCGGGACCGAGAUCCCGUCUUCGAGAUCACCGGUGCACCGGGCAACGUGGAACGUGCGCGGGAGGAGAUUGAGACCCACAUCGCGGUGAGGACGGGGAAGAUCUUGGAGUACAACAACGAGAAUGAUUUCCUGUCCAGCAGCCCCGACUCCAGCAUGGAGAACCGCUACUCGGAGGCCUGGCGGGUGCACACGCCUGCGCCGGGCUGCAAACCGCUCUCCACCUUCCGGCAGAACAGCCUGGGCUGCAUCGGGGACUGCUCGGUGGACCCCGUCUAUGAGACGCCGCGGCUGAACGACCAAAACGACUUCAAUUACGGUUACCUCUUCCCCAACUAUGGCGUCAACAAGCAAGAUCUGUACUAUGGGGUGCCGGAGUCGGGCGCCCCGAUGUGGGCCGGGCAGGAAAACACCAACCCGGUCUCGGUGCUCUUCUCGAAGCAGCAGCGCUCCAGCAGCACCGGAGCCAUCCACCCCAACUCGCACCGCUCGCCGUCCUCUUCCAUCCAGGAGCCCAACCUCUCCGCCCUGCCCCGGCGAUCCCAGGGUGAGCCGCUCCAGGGCUUCUCCAAACUGGGGAGCACCGCUGCUGCCCGGACGUCUGUCUCCAGCAGCCGCGAGUGCAUGGUGUGCUUCGAGAGCGAGGUGAUCGCAGCGCUGGUGCCCUGCGGCCACAACCUCUUCUGCAUGGAGUGUGCCAUGCGUAUCUGCGAGAAGACCGAGCCGGAGUGCCCCGUGUGCCACGCUGCAGCCACUCAGGCCAUUAGAAUAUUUUCCUAAAGAGACAGAGCCAGGGUGGGGGGUGGGAGCGUGGGUAGGGGCCAUGGGGGGGAGGUCCCAGGAGAGAGAAGCGAUGGUAAUAAUAGUAAUUAAUAAUAAUAAUAAUAACGAGACCUGAAGAACAAACGAAGGAAAGAAUAAAUUAAUUUAAAGGAGAAGAAGUAAGGAAAAAAUUAAAAAAAAAAAAAGAAAAAAAAGGAAAUUAUUUUAGGAGCGAUGUAUGUUAUUUUUUACAAUAAAAAAACACUAAAGAGCAAAGAGGAGCCAAUGCAGAAUGGAAGCAAAGAGCGGAGCCAGAAAUCGGAGGGGGCGGAGGACGCUCCGCCAGGUGGCGCAUCUCAAAGGCAAAGCGCAUUUCAGCCACUUCCUUGGGGCUGGGACUGGGGCUCGGCAGCAUUGAGGACAUGGGGGGUCCCACCAACUCAUCAUCCCAGGGCCAAAUCCCCCACUGUCCUCCCUUUGCCAACCCCGGUGGACUCAGCUCAACUGGGAGCUCCGAAACGGAGAGAAAGAAAGAAAGAGAGAAAGAAAGAGAGGAAAACGGCCGUCGGGGAUUGGAAAAGAAAAAGGAGAAACAAAACGAAACAGGAAUAAUAAUAAUAAAAAGAAAAAAAAAAAAAAGAAACCACCGACCUCUGGGAUCCUGUUGAACGAGGGCACAACUGCAUUACCUCAACGAUGUGAACGAAAACACAAAACCGCAGCAGCUAAAGACAACGUUCCGUGUUUUCCGUUUUGGGUUGUUUGUUUGUUUUUCUUCUUUUCUUUUCCUUUUUUUUAUUAAUUUGAUGUUUUUCUAAAAAAAAACACAAAACAAAACAACAAAAAAAAAGAAAAAAGGGCAAAAUAAUAACAAUAAUAAUAAUAAACUACUAAUAAAAGAGUGAGAGCGAUGUCACGCCGGUGAUGCCGAAGAAGGGUGGGAAGGAGCUUUGGGCACUGCUGGGUCGAUCCGCGUCUUCUGAUCCUCUGAGCCACCGCGGAGCGCAGCCGUGCAGCUCCUCCUCCUCUUCCUCCUCCUCCUCCUCCAUGCAGGGACGGAUCCGUCCGGCGUUGCCGGCAUCGCUCACAGGGUAUUUCCAUACACGGUGCUUUCCUUUCCCUCCCCCCACGCCGGAACCGAAGGGAGACGAUGGCGCAUCCCGACGGUGAAGCAAAAAACAAACCACAAGAGCCGAAUGCAAAACUGGGUUUUACAGAGAUAUAAUUUUGUUGUUGUCGUUUUUAAGCCGGACCAAAAGUUUUGUUACCCGACGCCGAGUUGGGGGG